ACUCAGCACGCAGCUGUUCCUGCAGAGGACUGCCGGCCUACUGCGCUUCCCGAAGUGGAUGUUUAGCUUUAUUCAUCUAUUCACAAGAGGAUUAUGGAUGAUUUGAACCAAUAUCCCGUUUUCUUCGAGUGCCACAGCCUGUUAUCUUCUUUAACUGCAGGGCAGACGAAGAAGAUAGAGAAGUAUUUUCGUAUUCACUGCCUAUCAGGCGGAGGCGACUGCGGACCACUGAGAAGAGUGAACGAUAAAGUCUACAGCAUCGCUUUCAAAUAUCAGAAGGAUCAGCAGGCAGUUCUGCAGAAGUAUCAGCAUUUGGUGGACCUUGGAGACGGUCCACUGGUGUUCACUGUCCAAGGCAGCCUGGAAUCUCUCUCCUCCUCUCCCAGUUCCACCUCGACUCCGAGCCAGACCUUCACAGUUCUAGCACAGAGCCAUCAGCCCAUUCUUGCCUCAACUCUUCCAUCGAGUGGCGAAGAAUAUGAACUAUGUUUUGAUGGUUAUCUCCUCCGUUACUUAAAUGAAAGUCCCAAGGCUGGGAAAGAACUAGAGGAAGAACUCGCCUCUGUGGCCUGCUCUGCUCAGCUUUACCCAGAAGAAGAGAGGGUUUUAGUCAGGAAUUUAGCUCAGCCUGGUGCUGUUGAUAGAGAUGGAGUCCAAAAGUUGGAAGCUGAGGUGGACAAACUCUUUAAAGGUUUACAAGAACGCUACACCUGCCAUUUUGAGUUAGACCCUCACAAAGUGAAAGCUUUGCUUCGGUCCUGCAGCUCUUAUCAGACCACAGAUGAGGUGAAGGUGUACAGCGAGGCUGGGAUGGCUGUUGUGGUUGGGGAACAAUCUCAGGUGGAUGCCAGGUUGAGUGAUAUAGAGGACAGGUCAUGUGUAAGUGAGAGGGAAAGUCCCACAGGGAAAGAAUUUCUUGGUUAUUCUGAGCUUGGGGACUUUUAUUGCAGAGCUACACAGAAUUUGGCAUCUUUGAGUUUGAGUGAAGGAGGCACAGUAGUUGCCAGCUACUGCCUUCGUGAUGGGCUCCAGGUGCUGGUGUGUCAGGGUGAUAUUACCAAACAGGAUGCUGAUGCCCUGGUGAACGCUGCCAAUGAGGAUCUGGACCACUGUCGAGGUGUUGCUGCUGCACUGAGUAAAGCAGGUGGCCCUGAGGUGCAGAAGGAGAGCAGUGCCAUAGUAAAGCAGACUGGAAAAAUCCCUACAGGUGAUGUGGUAGUGACCAUAGGGGGGAACCUAAACUGCAAGAAACUGCUGCAUGCUGUUGGGCCUGUUGGUGGAAAAUCAGGUGGCAAAGAAAGGGUCUUAUUGGAAAAAACUGUCCAAUCUGCACUGAAUUUAGCAGAAAAUAUGGAUUUUAAGUCUAUAGCCAUGCCCUGUAUCAGUUCAGGGAUAUUCAAUGUUCCUGUGAAGGUGUGCUCAGAGGCUAUUAUAACAGCUGUUAAAGAGUUUGGUAAUCAGGGAGGGCGAAGUCUGAGCAGAAUCAUCCUGAUAGAUAACAGGGAAGAGGUGGUGAGAGCCAUGCAAGAGGCAUGUGACAGGCUUCUCCAAGCAAUACAUACAGGAAACAAUAUACCAAGAGAUUGCGAGUUCGAGAUGGAUGCUGCUGCCAAAGCCACAGGAAGUGGAGCCACUGCUGGAGGUGCUGGAGAGAGUGUCCAUGUAGAGAUCGUUCAGGGAACCAUUGAGACCCAGCAGGUGGAUGCCCUGGUAUCUCCUAUGGCCGGCCAUAAUCCUCUCUCUACCCGUGUUGGAAACACUUUGUAUUCAUUGGUUGGAGGUCAGCUGGCUGCAAGGUUUACAGAGGAAGCUGGAGAAGAAACGAUGCCUGGUGACACAGUCAUGGUGGAGGGUUUGCCUAAACUUCCAUCUCAAGCAGUGAUCUUCCUCAACCUGGUUCCUUGGGGUGACGACCCAGAUGGGACAGCAGUCGAGGUUCUGAGAAUGGCUAUCCAAGAAACCCUGACUUCCUGUGAAAACAGAAGAUUUGAUUCUGUUGCUUUCCCUGUACUUGGAUCUGGGAUUGCCCUGCGUUUUCCUGAGAGUGUGGUCGCCCGGGUUCUACAGGAGGAAGUUGAUACAUUUAAACAGACCAGAGCCAGCAAAACACCGUUCCUGGUCCGUGUUGUCAUCCACCCCGAUGACCAAGAGUCUAGCAUGGCCUUCAAGUGCAUCCAGGAAACUUUGAACCUCCAAGUGUCAACUAAGAGGAUCGUCCUGCUGGGAAAAACUGGAUCAGGGAAAAGCCACCUAGGUAACACCAUACUUGGAGAGCAAUUGUUUGAAACAAACGACUCUCCCAACUCUGGAACACAAAAAUGUGAAGCAGAAACAAAAUCUGUCAACGGAAGAAGCAUCACUUUGAUUGACACUCCCGGAUUCUUUGAUGUAGAAAGGAAGGAGGAUGAGGUAAAGCCUGAGAUAAUGAGGUGUAUCACUGAGUGUGCUCCUGGGCCUCAUGCUUUUCUUAUUUUGCUCAAAGUGGAUAAAUUCACAGAGCAGGAGAAAGAUGUCAUCAAGAAAAUACGUGAGUGUUUCACUGAAGAUGCUCUAAAAUAUGCUGUAAUUGUCUUCACUCACGGUGAACAGCUCCCUAAAGGGAUGACAAUCGAGGAGUUUGUCAGUCAGAAUAGGGAUCUGAGUCAUCUGGUGAAUCAGUGUGGUGGUCGGUGCCAUGUCUUUGAUAAUAAAUACUGGAACAACGAACAGCAAAAUAACUACAGGAGCAAUCAGCUCCAUGUGGAGAAGCUACUCAACACAGUAGACAAGAUGGUGAUGGAAAACAAUGGAGGCUACUACACCAAUGAGAUGUUUCAAGCAGUAGAGAAAGAAAUACGGAAAGAAGUAGUGCACAUUACACAGUCAUCAGGAAACAUGUCAGUGGAAGAGAUCAGAAAGCAGGCUAAAACCAGAGUGUGUAAUAGGUUUUUGGUCAAACUGGCAGGUACUGCAACGGGAGCUUUACUAGGAGCUUUUUUUGGUGUGGCAGCAAUGGUCGGAUUAGUUAUCACAGCUGUACAGCAGUCAGCUUUCAUGAAUGUUCUGAAAAAAGUUCCAGUGGGAGGACAAGUAACAAGAGUGGCUACUGCAGCUGUGGUAGGUGUUUCUACAGCAGCCUUGGCUACAACAGGAGGAGUAAUGGGUGGUAUUAUUGGAUGUGAAGCAGCUGAGGGAGCAGAAACAGCAAGGGAGGCAGCAGAGAGGGCAGCUAAGGCUGUUAUGGACAAAGGAAAAUCUACUUUAACGUUGAAGUAGCUGAUUUAGCUGAUGGGGGAAUCUGAACAAACCGAAAACUGGAUUCACAUAUAAUCACUACUUAAAGUCAGCACUACCUAUUUACAUAUUUACAGCAUACACUGAGCAACAUUCAUUUGGUUGUGUUUGUUGUUUUCUGGUCACCUGACAAAUGUUUAUCCAGCAUUAACUCUCCUUUUAUGUCUAUUAGGUCUCCACCAACAUCUAUAUGUUCACCAACUAGUCCCUAACUCUGUCUGUCUAUAGUUUGGUGCUCGUCAGGUAGUUGUACAGUGUUUUCAUCAGAGCUUUUUGUUGCUUCCAGCUGAGGUUGGAUAAAAGGUUGAAGAGAGUUUUGCCAUAAAACCAAACAAAGGUUAAAGAAACUCUGUAGAGCUGAGGGGAAAUGCACAGUUGGUUGAUGAUUCUCAGUCAUUUUAACAAUUAUUAAGACAAAAAUUUUGAUUAGUGCAGCUUUAACUUAUAGGUAGAAUGUUUUGGGGCAGAAAACCACAGCAGAAUCUAAACAAGAAAAAAUUGGCUCUAAAAAUGGUAGAGGGAAAUGUUGAUUCUCAAGAAUCUGAUCUCUUUUAUUACUUGUAUAUCACUUGUAAAUUAUGUAAUAUAUAAUAUGUAUAAAAUAUAAUGUAUAAAAACAAUAAAUGUGUGGUACUUUAAGACAAACUGUGUCACUUUAAGCUGCAAAUGCUAAGCACCAAGUAUCAGAGUAAUCACUGUCCAUCAGUGGAGGAUGGGCACAAUCAUUACUUAUAUAGAUAUCUUUUAGGUUGUGAUGUGAUAACCUCAGUAUGCCUGGAAGAUUCAGGUGAUUGUCACUAUAUACUUGAAAGUGGUAAUUUUAAUGUGUGUUCUCCAUGAUUACAGGGUGUUGAAAGAUGACAAGUUUACUUUUUUUCCCAAUUAUCUCUUUCUUGUAUAUUUAUUACAAAUCAGUUUUUCAACAAUAAAAGGAUUAAUUGCUCUCAA